CCCCCACCAAAUUCUAAUAGCUGCCAAUUUUGAUGAUAUCAUGACUUUCAACUUCCAUUUAGGACGUGUUCCUACUCUAUUCCUUCUAUUUUAUUACUACCAUUUUUUCUUCAUAAGAUAUUUUUCUCCAUCAUCUUCCUUUCAUACUAUUAAUUAAAACUAUACUGUUUUCCUCCUCUCUUUUCUCCACUAAUUCCUAGCUCAGCACAAAGAAUUCAAUUUUUUUGUAAGCUUAGAUCAAUCAAGAAUCAAUCAUGGGUGGUGACAAAACUGAAAAGACCACUGUAAUGGUGCUCAAGGUUGAUCUUCAGUGCUCCAGCUGCUAUAAGAAGGUCAAAAAAAUUCUCUGUAAAUUCCCUCAAAUUAGAGACCAAGUGUAUGAUGAGAAGGCCAAUACAGUCACAAUCACUGUGGUAUGUUGUGAUCCUGAGAAAAUUCGUGACAAAUUGUGUAGCAAAGGAUGUGGAGUAAUUAAGAGCAUUGAAAUCAAAGACCCUCCAAAGCCGAAAGCUCCUGAAAAGCCCAAGGAGCCUGUGAAACCCAAAGAACCCGAGAAGCCCAAACAACCGGAGAAGCCUAAAGAGCCCGAAAAGCCUAAACAACCUGAGAAGCCUACGGUUGUCAUCAUUGAAAAGCCCAAAGAGCCAGAGAAGACUAAGGUACCGGAAAAGGCGAAAGAGCCCGAAAAGCCCAAAGAACCAGAAAAGCCGAAAGAAGUUGAAAAGCCAAAGUCGAAAGAGCCCGAAAAGCCCAAAGAAGCUCCUAAACCUAAUCCAGUUGCUCCACCAUCACAACCACCACCGCCGGCACCAGAGCCAAUAAUGGUAAUGCCAAUUCAAGAAUACCCUCCGCCACCACCAGGAUAUUGUUGUGGACAAUGUUACGAGGGUCAUAUCGGGGGCCCAUGUUAUCAAUGGUACGGAAGACCGGUCCCUCCGGCCCCAUGUUACGAUAACUAUGGGUAUAACUAUGGGCCUGGGCCUGGGCCGUAUGGCUACGGAAGGGGCUGUUACGUAAGCAGAUGUGACCAAUACUUUAGUGAAGAAAAUGCCACAGGAUGCUCAAUUAUGUAAUGUACCUUUUGAUUGGGCUCCUCUUAAUGUGGCUGUCUUUUUCCUUAUAGAUUGUCAUAGAUGAAAAACAAUGUAUAGAUAUAUGUUCUUUUUUCCUUUUCUUUUGUAAAAUAGAAUAAAAGUUGUUUACCAGAUUGCUGGUAAAGCUUUGAUUAAUAAAUGUCAAUUUUCAACAUUACUAAUGGCCUAAUGUAUCUAUUAUCUA